GAUGUCCCCUUUAGAGUACCAGCAUAUUUAUACAGAAUACACACACUUCAUUGAAACGGAGCAGUUUCAUUUCUCAAGAUGACUAAGGCACAACGCAUUGCCGUGCACUUUUUCAUCCUCGCUGCUCUGCUGUUUGUGGGAAGCAGUGUGUCAUCUGAAAUUGACAAUUCUUCACUGUCUGAGGUCAUUGUGAACCAAGUGAAGGAUGUCGAAGUUAUGCGCAACAUGUCCAAAAAACCAAGCCUCCAACCCAAAGAGAGCAAGCCACUGAUAGAAACAUACAUCCUGAAGAAAGGUGCUCAAGUGUGUGUGAUGGCCAGGCUUGGUGUGGAGUUUGUGGUAAAAGAGAACAAGAAAACGUUGUAUUUUAACAUGGACCCCAAAUCCACCACGGCCACGGGAUACUGUUCUGACCAGAAAGCUGUCCUCUCGCUCGAAUUUGAUGGAGGAAACCUUCAAUUUACUUUCAUCAAGAACGGAGAUCAGUCAUAUGUGACCAAGCUGAGUACGCUGCUGGAGCCUGAACCUUCCUGUAAACAAUGCAAAAGACAAAGCUACCCUGGUGUAAUGGACCAUGAAAAGCUCUUUAAGACCAACAAGGGCAAGAGCUUCAAGUGCCAGUCAAGGACUACCCUAAAGAUGGCUGAUAACCUGAAGAUUAAACUAAUCCCUCUGCAGAUUCAAGCUUUUGACCUUCCCAUGAACACUUUUGGAAAAGAGACAGAGUGCUGGGCUGACUACACCAAAAGGAUCCUGCCCAUCGUGGUGGGUGCUGUGGUCGCAGGAAUAAUCCUCUGUGCCAUUUUGGUGUAUGUGAUGAAGCGUGAACGCCGUGGUCAAGGAUAUGAACAACUCUGAGUGUAAUCAUCACAAAAACCUCAAGAAACGAGACUGUUGUUGUCUAAAACCAGCCAGGCACUCCAUGAUUACAGCUUCAGAAUGCUCAGCAUUUAUCUACCAUCAUAUGCUAAUAAAAAAAAAUGUUUAAAAGAUGUUUACAAUUUUCCACCAUUGAGAAAGCUAAAUGUGAGUCUUCAAGCACUGAAUGUGUGAAUGGUAAAUGUGUAUUAAUGUUGAUUAAUGUAGGCCUCAUAUGACUUUUCUGUGUAUAAAAUUCAAUGCAAUAAAAUAGAGAG